UUUCGUUUACAAAUACAAUCAUAACAUUGUUUUCUCUUGUUGUUGCUAUGUUAAUGUUCAUUUCUAUGUUUACACUUUUCUGUUCUGUUCGUCGAAACUUUUAAAACAUUGUAAUCAACUUUUAACAAAUAUGGUGACCAAUGGUAUACCUUGUGUGAGUGUUUGUGUUGAUGGUGAUAGUAAUGGUGAUGGUAGCGGUGGAUCAGGUUUACCUGGUGAACCAGCAAGUGCUAAGUCACCAAUUGUUGUCAACGGUGAUUUAAAUGAAGGUGGUGGUGGUGGUGGUGGUUCAGGGUGUUCAUCAGUUAAAGUACCCACACCAGUGGUUUCACCAGUUAAUUUUUCCAGUGGAUCAAAUUUACUUCAGGUGGGGAUUCCGUUUCCAAUAGGAUUAGGUCAUGAUCCACCUUUGCACCCAUUUUAUUCAGUUCACCCGAGAAUUGGAUUCGAUUCAAAGGAAAAUAUGGAAGCGUGGAGAUCACUUCCACCUUAUGCCUCAAUGUAUGGUGGAUAUGAAGGAGCAAUUCUAGCUGGUGGUUAUCCGAUGCUAAGAAAUGGAUAUGAUUUGAAUGGUUCGAGACGGAAAAAUGCCACUAGAGAAACGACCUCAACUCUAAAAGCUUGGCUUAAUGAUCAUCGGAAGAAUCCUUAUCCAACUAAAGGAGAGAAAGUAAUGUUAGCAAUAAUCACUCAGAUGACUUUGACACAAGUGUCGACAUGGUUUGCCAAUGCUCGUCGAAGGUUAAAAAAGGAAAACAAAAUGACUUGGUCACCUCGAAAUCGAUGUGAUGACGAUGAAGAUGAAGAAGAUGAUAAUUGUAAAGAAGGUGAUUAUGGUUCUCUAAAUGAAAGUAGAUCUAAAGAACCCGAACUACUUGUUGAUGAUUAUGAUUCAUCUUCAGAUUCAAUUGAAAAGAAACGAUUCAAACGGGAUGAAACAAAUUCUGAACCGACAAUUUUAUCAACUUAUCCUGGCCAUCUUGGUAUUCAUCAUAAUCAUCAUCAUAAUCAUCAUCAUCAACAGCAUCUUUUUAGCCAACGAAUUCAUCCACUUUCACAACAAAUUUCAUCGUUUAACCAAAAUCAAUUAGCUCAUCAAUCAGCUCAUCAACCACCACAUCAAGCACCAAAUCAACCAGCACAUCAAUCAGCUCAUCAUUCAGCUCAUCAUUCAUCACCAUCACCAACAAACUCAUUAACUUAUUCAUCCUCACCACCGCAUUCGUCAACAAGUGUCACUAUUGACCACAACCAGAACAGUAAAUCGGCUUCUAAUGGUCACGAUCAACCCAUAGGCACUUCAAAACCAAGGAUUUGGUCAAUUGUUGAAUUAGCGACAUCAUCAAAAUCAUGUGAAAAUGAUUAACAAUUUAAACUACUUUUUUUGCCCCUAAGAGAUUUUUCCCCAAAAUAAAUAUGGAUGACACAUUA